UCCCCCCCCUUCCUCCCCCCUCCCGCAGCCAUGGAGGACGCCCCGCGGGGGCCGUGGGACGGGGAGGCCAAAGCGGUGCAGCAGUGCCUGACGGACAUUUUCACCAGCGUCUACACCACCUGCGACAUCCCGGAGAAUGCCAUCUUCGGGCCGUGCGUGCUGAGCCACACGUCUCUCUACGACAGCAUCGCCUUCAUCGCCCUCAAAUCCACCGACAAGCGCACCGUGCCCUACAUCUUCCGGGUGGACACGUCGGCGGCCAACGGCUCUGCGGAGGGGCUGAUGUGGCUGCGGCUGGUACAGGCGGCCCGCGAGCGGCAGGAGCAGAACCUGGAGGCCUACGUGAAGAGCGGGCAACUCUUCUACCGCUCCCUGCGCCGCAUCGCCAAGGACGAGGAGCUGCUGGUGUGGUACGGCAAGGAGCUCGCCGAGCUGCUGCUACUCGGCCCCGCGCGGGGUCCCGACGGUGGGUGCCCCCCAAAAAAUCCCCCCCCAAAAAAGGGGAAGAGGCCGGGCGGGGGGUGCGGGGUGCCCUUCCCCGACGGCGGCUCCGAGCGGCCCGGGACUGAGCGCGCGUCCCCUUCCCCGUGUCCCGCACAGG